CAGGUGAAGAUGCUACUUCUGAGAAGGCGAGACCGAAAUGGUGAAACCAGUUUUCUUUGUGGGAAGUGUUGCCAAUAAAAACAGCCGCCAGACGGACGACCAUGACAGGAGGAAGUCCUAGUCCUACUACACAAAGGUGUGCUGGCUUAAAGUAAACUUAUUACCUUUGGAUCCUUUGCUUGUCUAACAUCGUCUCAUAGCUCAACUAGAAAGAGUGUGGUGUAGUGCGCAGUAGGAGACGCAGUAUUGUGUUGAUGAACGAAGGAAAAAGUUUGCCUUUCCGUUCUGGAGUCAAAGAAACGGGAAAGCUAGGUACUGGGACAAAUUCUGAUCUUACCUACUGCAAAUAUUCACCUGAAUUUUGUGGCUUUGGUGAAGUGAACCCUCAGAUGGCAGAGAGGAUUCCCUGGUGGAAGGCCUUCACUGGCAGGGUGCUGAGCAGCAUGCUUAAAGAUGCUGCGGUUCAGCAGGAUCAAGGCUCAGACAGCAGAAACUCGGGCUUCCUGAAUGACUGCUUUGAUGCCUCACAGCUGGAGCCUGCUUUAACCGAUGGCACCUUCAGGCGCAACCUUACCGUCUCGCGCUCCGGCCGCUACAAGGAAAAACGCAAGGUUCGAGCAACUUUGGCUGCCAACACGAACUUUUACGAAAGCAACACAGCCGUGGCCAAGUAACCACGCUACAAUCCUACCAUCCACCACAGAUACUCGCUGAUCGCAGAGGAGCUACUGAAUAUGAAACAAACACACCACCAACAACAAUACUGCGCUAUAAUAAAAACAGUUAAAGUGGAGAAGGUCGGUCAGUGAUGUUGACAUGGUUGAACAGGGGUUGAAGCUAAGAGCCACCAACUCGCACAAUGCAAACAAUUUAAAAUAUAGUUUGUUAAUGAAGGUUACUGGGGUUAAUUACUUGUUAGCCUAAAAAAAAAAAUCCCAGCUGUAUGUUUCCUUGUCACUGGGGUGGUAGCUACGUAUCUUUUCAUUUUACCUGGAAAUGUGGAUAUAAAAGAUUUAAGGUGCAUAAUUGCAUUUUAGAGUACGCCUCAAGCUUUAAAGGUAUACUACAUGUACUUCCGCAUCAGUGACGAGAAAAAAAAAAGUGUACGGUGUACAGAAAGUGGUUACAAGUACAACCCCUAUAAGAAGACUCUUAACCAGAGUCCGUUUUCUAAGUGCGUGUGUGUGUGGGCACUUAUGUGCUUUGCCAGUAAAUUAAUUGCCCAUCAUGGAAUCUCUUCCAUUCUGAUGUCUCUUGUUGUUGUGUUAAUUGUUAAUGCAAGGCCCGACUGUUGUUCUGCUGUUUAUUUGGUAAUUAUAUCCCUCAUCCAAAAAAUUUCCGUGCAGGGAUUGGCCAAGGAUGGCUCACGUGACAUAAAAUAGUUCCACCAUUGAUUAUGCAAUGUGUCUCAUGACAUCAAACAUAAAAAAAAUUAAAUAAAUAAAUAAAAUGGAUAUGGUGCGAGUCAGUCAUGGUAUAUCCAGGAUAUACCAUGAACUGACGUCACAAUUUCAAGCUAUACGGCCGACUCAAGUCACAACUGUGGCUCGACGAGCAUGUGUGUGUGUGUAGAUCUGCAUAUCAUGAUCGUGCCUAAUGAGGCAGGCGAUAACAUGGUACACUGCACAUGCGCAGGUCGAAGGUUGCUCUGAAGUAAACGACAAACAUGGCUGCCUCCAAUGAGUUUAUGCCUAGAUUCAAUCUUAACACUUUUGGUUUGGAAUUUUUUGAUGAGGGCUAUAAAUCAAAUAUACCAUGCACUGAGAGGCACCGGGAAUUCAGUGACUGGCACCUUAGAGAAUCCAUAAUUUCAACCGGAGACUCUUGGUGCAUGGUAUAUUUGAUAACUAUUGGGCCGUUUAUUUAUUGUUUAAAGUUUCAGUUCUUUUGUAACUGUUUGUAUGAAGGAUAUUAACAUUAUGGUUGUAUGUAAAUGGAAGUAAAUGUUGAUGUUUUUAUAGUCUGAUUAUUUGGAUGGAUAAUGUCGUUUCAAGUAAAAUACUUGCAGGGGGAAUCCCUGCUCUCAGGGCCGUUCAGAAUAGGAUCGUUUUUGCACUAAAGGACUUUUCUUUUAGGAUUAUAAUGAUCAGCAUUUGUAUUAAUUGAUAUGAAGCAAUUUAUACAUGACAAGGUCAUAUAGUCAUAAACUAUUAUUGAAAGGAAUAUUAUACAUAUUAUUGAAAGGCAUGUUGUGUACAAGACCUACUACUGUAUGGGCAAGGCUGUGUAACUUUCAUAAAUGCAUAGAAUGUUGUUUAAUAGCAUACCGGUAAAAGGGAGUGUAGUGUCGGCUAGUUUGCUAAUACUGAUAUGGAUGUCUUACUAUCAUCUUAUUUAUCCCCGAAAUCAGUACAUCCCUGUUUCCUUCCCAUUUUCACUGAAAGUUGACAUUAAAUAAACAUAAGUAUACAGCAGCAAGGCAAGUGUUAAAUUACAUGGAAGACAACCAAGAAUGCUUUUAAAACAGAUAUGAUCUUAAACUUAAGUAAUUCAUCAAACCAUAUUGAUGGUCACUUUCUUUGAUUUUAACAUUGCUAAAGAAUAAAAGAAAAUCAUUCA